UUCGGUCUUGUUACAAUAAUAAUUGUUCAGUUUUGUGCUGCUUUUGACUGAUUUAAAAUAAAAAUAGAAUCAAAGAGAAUGAAAAUUGUGUCAUUUCAGAUGUUAGUUUGAGGUGCGGUAAAAGAGUCACUGGUAAAAUAGGCACUAUUAUUAUACUGACUGAGCUCUCUGCAUGCAUCUAUAGUCAGUGACAUACUUAGUUUGAUUCAAUUUGAUUAUUAUGUCGUGUUUAUAUUAGAAAAAUUAUAUUAUUAUAUAUGUUUAUUUAUCUGAAACUACAUUUGGUACAUUACACAUUAAAUUAACAUCAAUACUGAACUCAAUAUAUGCUGUUAGGUUAAUUAAUUGAAAAAGACAUUUUCAUCAUGAAUAGAAAAGUGUCUAUUAAUACUGGUAAUACUGACUUGGAUGAUAAAAUCAAUGAGUGGUUACAGUGGAAUAAGGGUCAAAAUGCUGAACAGGAAAUUAAAGAACUUAUUCAAAAUAGCAAUAAUGAAGUUUUGUCUAAAUUAUUUCUAAAAAGACUUGAAUUUGGUACUGCUGGACUGAGAGGCCGUAUGGGUCCAGGAUAUAGUCAAAUGAAUGAUUUAGUUAUAGUUCAAACUGGUCAAGGUUUAUCAAAGUAUAUACUUGAUACUAAUGCAACUAAAACGAGUGUCAUAAUAGGAUAUGAUGGACGUUAUUAUAGUAAAAGGUUUGCAGAACUAACUGCUGCAAUUUUUGUGGCAAAGAAUGUGAAAGUAUACCUAUUUUCAAAAGUUGUGCCAACUCCAUUUAUACCUUAUGGUGUAUUAAAAUAUAAGUGUGCAGCUGGAAUAAUGAUCACAGCUUCUCACAAUCCUAAGGAUGAUAAUGGUUACAAAGUUUAUUGGGAAAAUGGUGCACAAAUAAUAUCACCACACGAUAAGAAGAUUCAAAAAUACAUACUUGAAAAUCUUGAACCAGCUGAAUCCUCUUGGGAUGUUAUGAAAGUUUACACCAGUGAUUUAUAUAUAGAUCCAUGGAAUGAUAUUAUGCAGUCUUACUUUAGUGAUCUGAAACAAAGUGUUUUGUAUCCUGAAGUAAAUAGAAAUACAAUACUAAAAUUUGUUUAUACUCCCAUGCAUGGUGUUGGAUAUGAAUAUAUGACUGCAGCUUUUAAUGCUGCAAAUUUAAAGCCAUUUAUAGUAGUUGAAGAACAAAAAUUACCAGAUCCAGAAUUUCCAACUGUCAAAUUUCCAAAUCCUGAAGAGGGGAAAAGUGCUUUAGAUCUAAGUAUACAAAUAGCUAAUAAAAAUUCCUCCUCUAUUAUUCUCGCAAAUGACCCUGAUGCAGAUAGAUUAGCUUGUGCUAUAAAAAUGAAAAAUGGUGAAUGGUACAUUUUCUCUGGAAACGAAUUGGGAGCACUGUUAGGUUGGUGGAUGUUGCAUAAAUAUCAAGUGCAACAUGUUGAUACAGAUUUUUCAAAUGUUUAUAUGUUGUCAUCAACAGUCUCAAGUAAAAUUUUGGUAUCAAUGGCUAAACAAGAAGGAUUUAAUUUUGAGGAAACUUUAACAGGUUUUAAGUGGAUGGGUAAUAGGACUGUGGAAUUGAAAAAUGCAGGUAAAGAGGUUUUAUUUGCAUAUGAGGAAGCCAUUGGUUUCAUGUGUAGUACAAAUGUCCUUGAUAAAGAUGGUAUAAGUGCUGGCAUGCAUUUAGCCGAAUUAGCGACUUAUCUUGAGACUAUGGGAUUUACUCUCCAUGAUAAGUUGAAUGAAAUAUACAUUCAAUAUGGAUACCAUAUUUCUAAGAAUUCAUAUUGGAUCUGUUAUGAACCAGAUGUAAUCAAAAAGAUAUUUGAAAGAUUACGAACAUACUCUGGGAAAUCAAAUACAUAUCCAGUAGAUAUUCUCAAGGGGAAAUAUACCAUAACGGGUGUUCGUGAUCUAACAACUGGAUAUGAUAAUACACAACCAGAAAAGAAGGCAGUUUUACCAGUUUCAAAAUCUAGUCAAAUGAUAACAUUUACAUUUAACAAUGGUUUAGUAGUAACAUUGAGAACUAGUGGUACUGAACCUAAAAUUAAGUACUACAGUGAAUUAUGUACGCGUUCAACAGAAAAGAAACAAUGAAGAAUUAUUAGGUGUAAUAUCAAGUAGGAUAUUUGAACAGUGUACGUAGAAAACUAAUUUAUGUGCCCAAAUAUGUUUGUUGCUAUUAACAAAUAUUAUUAAAUCACUCGCAGAACUAUCGUUUAAUG